GGGUGACGAUGAAACCAAAAGAUGGUGCACAGGUAAAAAUUAACCCUGAACGACAUUGAUUAAACUUUUAAUUAGUAGCUGUUUACUGGGGAGGUUGAACUGUGUGUGUGUGUGUGUGUGUGUGUGUCCUUUUUUUUUUUUUUUUAGUUCAAUACUAAAUUUCUUUCGUUUCAAUACCAAAUCUAAGUCCAAUACCAAUCACGGUGCUUCAAUACCAAAUGGAUUUUUCAAUACCAAAUGUACCCUAAUUUGGUAUUAAAAAAUACCAAAUGGCAACCCUGGCCCUAUUGUCGCCCCACAGAGGCCAUUAUUAAUUAUCCCACUCAGUGUGUCUCAGUCGAUCUCAAACCGCAAUGUGCGCGGCUGUGUUCUAGUGGACUCUUACGUAUACGUUAGGGGUGCCAGAUUCUGCUUUGAUCAAGGCAACACAUUUUGGUUUGCGGUGAUACGAUCCUUGAAGUGCUUGCUUGUGCUUGGAGAUAUUGUAAUACACUUCGCACAUUACUGUUCAUUCAGGUAAUGCACAAUAUAUUCUAAUAAUGAUAACAUACAGCAGCAGUGAUGAUGACUACGAGCCAUCAUAUAACACGGAUCCCAUAGAAAGUCGGCGUGAGAAGUCGAGAGAAAAGCGAAAUCGUAGGAAAGCACAAUGGGCUCGCAAAAGAAGAAAAUUAUUGCAAGAGAAAAUACCAGUAAUUCAAGGCAUUCGAGAUCCGCUGCUGCCCUCAGAAAGCGAAGAAGAAUUUUAUAGAAAUUAUAAAAGUAGUGUUCAUGAGUUAACAGACAGCAGCGACCCACCUCUAUCUGACGCAUCUAUGGAACAGCCUCCCCAAACCCUUGACAUGUUAAAUGGCCCCAGCAAGACUGAUUCUGCAAUAAGUAAUGUCACUAAUGUGCUACAUGGGCCUAGUCGCCCAGGAAACAGCGAGUUGGGCCUUGGCCCUUGCGAGACCUCCGAUGAAGAGAGUAUUUCAAAGCUAGAGAGGCUAGAGGGACUGAUCGUGCAUGACUAUACCGAUAGUGAUGAACACUCUGACAGUGUAGACGUGACUGUACUCAGACGAGAUGCUCCAGGAACAUUAUGGGAUGAAUUACGAACCAUUCAUUUCGAAUGUAAGUUAACGCGAGAUGCUACAAACAGAAUAUUGCGUGCUCUGUCUAAAUAUGGAAUAGGAUCAUUGCACACACUGCCACUUGACUGUAGAACCUUAACAAGUAUAGCUGGGGGCGCGGCAAUGGGCAAUGGCAUUUUUUACGCGUUCAGGCGUAGAGUACUAUUACUUUGGCGUCGAAAGCCAAAUAAAAUUGAUACUAAGAAGGUAUCCCUUACAAGUAAGAUCACAGUUAAAGGAGAUUACUAUCUCCCAAAACUUAGAUGGGAUACCUUUAUUUAAAAGUUCUGGUAGUCAACAGAUCUAAACCGUUGGCAAGCACUCAUAACGUCGUAGCCAGCACCAGUUCUGGUGGGAAGCCUAGAUACUCUCUCUUCGACUUUCUAAGACUACGGCCUCAGAGCACCCUGACAGUGCUAUCAAAAUGGAUCGUUAAGAAGUCAUCUUUGAAAGGCAAAGAAAAAGAGUUAAUUCAGGACUUCAACAAGAAAGAGGCAGAUUGUUCAUUUGUGUGCUGGUAUCCGCCGCAGCAGGAUUAUGAUUGCAAACGAAUCGCCACACUCAUCAAAAACGACAGCAACCCUGGACCACAUUGGCUGCCUGAACCAGGAGUCAUCUUUGGCCAAUACAAAACUUAUGAGGAGUGCCAACACGUCGUCGACGAAAUGGUAUCAAGUGAAAAUGUCGAAAGUCAGGCUUUGGCGAUGUUGCGGCAAUGUGAUAAGGAACAAAAAAGGAAGGCAAGAACGAUGGAAACAAAUGCAGAAGAAACUGCUAAAGAAAAAACUGCAGUACGUCCAACUGAAAAAGAUCCUGGUACAGCUCACGAAACUGCAAAGAAAAUACAUGCGGAGGCCCCGCUUGGUGCGGCAGAGGUAGACGAGAGGCCGGUCGUCAGAUCACCUCUGGCCAUUUCUCGGCCCGAGAGGGAGGACGUCGUCAGAUCACGUCCCCUGGCCAGUUCUCCGACCGAGAGGGACCUGGUCGUCAGAUCACCUAUGGCCAGUUCUACGGCCGAGAGGGAGGUCGUCAGAUUACCUCUGGCCAGUUCUCAAGAUGUCAACAGAGCUGAAGGCAGACGAGACGCCAUUGACGUCUUUAGAGCAGAUACACCCAGUACGUCUGAUGAAGAACCCAGUGACGUAGAAGUCCUGCCCGAGAAACAGCUGCCACAACAAAUACAAGAAAUUUUGAAUGUCGUACUAAAACAUGUAAGCAAAAAAUUUGAGGAAGUAAGCAAAAAAUUUGAGGAAGUGAAAACUUCUGUGGAUAACCUUCAGAAACAGCUGCAACCAGUACUUCCAGGACCUUCGCAGCGGGUGACUGAUGGUGAGACACCUCUCCCUACCGGAUUUGUGCCUGUCCUUCCAAAGGACCCCUAUGAAGUGCUAACAUACUUCGGUUUUCCUGCUAGCACACCCGACAGUCUCGUAUCAAAACACAGGCACUACUUUCUUGGCAAUGCAUCGACAGAGCCAAUGAGAACUCACCGGUUGGCACUGAGGAAGGCAUUAGUUCAGCUAUGCCCGUUGCCCAAGCCUCAGUCGGGAAAAGGUGGCCUGACCCCCUCCAUCCGCCAACUCCUACAUUAUUUAGCACCCAGAGAUGUCUGGGUGCACUUCUGUUUGAAGGGCUACUCCAAAUCUAAGAGAAAUAUGGAGUCUGAAAUGCCGAAAUUUGUGCGCAUGAUUCAGGCGACAAUGAGCAUAAAACGCCAAGUCGACGAGUCGACGGUGAACGCUCAUUUAUCGGAGGCAUUAAGGAAAGAAAGUGACAGAUCAGGCUUCCGUAACACGGCGCGACCCAAGAAAACGACAGCACCAAACACAAGCACACCGUCCACGUCGGACGUACCAGGAACGUCAGGGCAUGGGACUGGUCAAGACGAGGGAGAAAGUGACCCCGAUUAUAUCGACAACGAUGCGGAAAGUAUCGUACCGCUGUCGAGUGGUAAUGAUACCGACAGGGCUACAGAUGAACGGUACUCGGACGAUGAAGAAUCAAUCACUGAAUAACAAAGUAUAUAUAGAUACUGAGUGAAUAAAAAUAUAUUUUUUGCCCUGAUGUAGUUCUUUACGUGAUCGAUGUUAUCACAGUAUAAUUCCACCUUACUUCUUACUAACUAAGCAUGUUCUCAUACUUAAUUAACAGCUUAAAAAAUAUGUAACUCUCUCUGCUAUAUAAUCUAUUAUACAUGUACGCCACCUAUCAUUUACUAUUUAUUUUCUUUACUAACAUAUGCUAAUCGCAUGGACUGUAAUUUUGUUGAUGACGGUAAAAG